AUGCCGCGCAUUUCACCCCACUUUCCCUGCCCCGCGCUCAUACUACGACAAGACGUCCUGCGAUACAGUACUGCUACUUUUGUCUCGCGCAAAUUCAUACAAACAAUAGCUUUCCGCCGCGUACGCCUUUUUGUAACCCCCGCCCCCCACCGUAGACUCUCCACACAGACCUGGUCGCUGAGUGACGACGAAAUGGGCAAGGAAGACAAGGGCAAGAACUUUACGCUCAAGGUACCAAAGGGCACGCGGGAUUGGACCGGCGAAGAUGCCGCACUCCGUGAUCGCCUUUUCCAAACGGUAACCGACGUCUUCAAGCGCCACGGCGCCACGACACUCGACACACCCGUGUUCGAGCUCAAGGAGAUUCUAAGCGGCAAAUACGGCGAAGACUCAAAACUCAUAUAUGACCUGCAAGACCAGGGCGGCGAGCUAUGCUCGCUACGAUACGACUUGACUGUUCCGCUUGCCCGAUGGCUUGCAAUGAACCCCAGUGUGCAGAGCUUUAAGCGGUACCAGAUUGCCAAGGUCUAUCGGCGCGAUCAACCCGCCAUGACCAAGGGUCGCAUGCGCGAAUUCUUCCAGUGCGAUUUCGAUAUUGCGGGGUCGUACGAUGCUAUGAUUCCCGAUGCGGAGGUUCUCAAGAUUGCGACUGAUGUUUUUGAUGCGCUUGAGUGGGAUUCGUAUACUAUCAAAAUUAACCACAGAAAGAUUCUUGAUGGUAUCUUCAAGGCGGCUGGCGUGAAGGAGGAAUUGAUUCGGCCAAUUAGCUCGGCAGUUGACAAGCUGGACAAGAUGCCGUGGGAAGAGGUGAAGAAGGAGAUGGAGACCAAGGGCCUUGCCACAGAGGUAGCAGACAAGAUUGGUGAAUGGGUACAACGCAGGGGCGGCGACGACAUCAUCGAGUAUCUCAAGAGCAACGAAGAACUUUCCAAGUCGGAAGAUGUACAAAAAGGUGUUGAAGAGAUGGAACUGCUAUUCGCAUACCUGGAUGCUUUUGGUGCGCGCAAGAGGAUAUCAUUUGACCUCUCGCUUGCACGAGGUCUCGACUACUACACUGGCCUGAUUUACGAGGUUGUCACAGAAGGUUCAGCCCCAACCGGAAAAGGAAAGCAACAAGAGGUUGGCGUGGGAAGCGUGGCUGCAGGUGGCCGCUAUGAUCAGUUGGUGGGCAUGUUCAGUGGCAAGCCUAUUCCUUGUGUCGGCAUCUCCUUUGGUAUCGACCGCAUCAUCAGCAUCAUGAAGGCACGCGGCCAAUCGACACAGCGCGCCAAGGAUGUAGAUGCAUUUGUCAUGGCAUUCGGCGGCAAGGGCUUCAACGGCAUGCUCAAGGAGCGCAUGCAAGUCGCACAAGAGCUGUGGGCUGCAGGCAUCAAGGCCGAAUUUUCGUACAAGCUCAAACCCAAGGUUCAACAGCAGUUCAAGCAAGCCGAGGUCGCAGGCGUGCCGCUUACAGUCAUUCUAGGAGAGGAUGAGCUCAAGGAUGGCAAAGUCAAGAUCAAGGUUAUGGGAAUCAAGGAUGAGAACAACCCGGAAAAGGAUGGACUUUUGGUCGACCGGAGUAACAUGGUGGAGGAGAUCCGAAAGAGACUGUGA